CGCCCCCCUUAAAUUUGGAGCGAUAUGAACUGACUUGACGCAUCAAAAUAUUUCCCGAAUGAACCCCGCCGGAUAAAGCUUUCAAAAACAGUCAACAAUGUUAUCGCUCAGUUAAAAUUUAGGUCAGGUUUAUUGUGCUAUCACCUUUUUAUAGCGAUCGUUUAGUAGUUGAAACGCUUUUAAACGCAUGUUCUAUAUUACGAGUUCAUCCGACACAGUUCGACUGAACAAUACCUUUAUGUGACCUAUCUGCCAAUGCCAUUAUUGUAACAAUACAAUGGCUGUAGAACCAGAUGACGCCAAAUUUGUCAGUUCACUGAAUGAGACAUCAAAGAAGAAGGUGCGAGAAGAGUUGCAUGAGUUAAACGACAAGGAUCGGGCGUUAGCUGUACAUACGUUGCGAGAAUGGGUUCUGCAACAGAAAUGGCUUAAAACGCCAACAGAAUUCAGCUUCCUGUUGCGUUUCCUACGUACCCGGAAGUUUAGUCAGCUCGGUGCCCGACAGACGUUAGAGAACUACUGGAAACAGAGAACAAAGUCCCCUGCCUGGUUCCGUGACGUGGACCCAAACGAGGAGAUUAUCGUGGAGAUCAUCAAGACAGGAUUUUAUUUGAUUCCAAAGACACGUGAUAAGCAUGGUCGACGUGUGAUCAUUGAUAGCUGGAGUAAAUUUGACACAACAACGGCAAAGAAGAGGUGGGGUAUAGACAACAUAUUUAGAGCGACCUGCCUUAUAUGUGACUUAUUGAUAAGAGACGAGAACGUUCAGGCCAACGGCAUAAUCGUCGUCAAUGACAAUACAAACGUUACCUUGGGUCAUUUGACGUUGAUGGGACAAGAAAAUAGCAAGAAAAUCAUGGAAUUCUAUCAGAAUUCCCUUCCUGCACGUAUGAAGGGACUCCACUUCUACAACGAGCCCGCGUUUUUUGACGCCAUGUUUGCUCUCUUUGGGCCCCUUAUGACGAUGAAAAACAAAGAACGGAUGCAUUUACACGGGCGGAGUCUUGUGGCAAUAUACGAAGAACUGGGAAUGGAAUGUUUGCCUGUGGAGUACCUACCUGAUAAUUACAAGGGGCCAAAUGCUGGAACCAUACAAGAAAUCAUAAACAAGACGCUCGCGGACCUGCAGUCUCCGGAGUUCUGCACCUACAUUAAGGAACUCUCCAGUGACAAAUAUGGCGUCGACCUUGACCUUCUCAAACAGAAUGACGCGCCUGUUGCCUCGUUCAGGAAGCUCAAUGUCGACUGAUUCUUAGACGGUUGCGUCCGUCUGAUUUGCGAUGAAAAUCCGAAAUCUACAACCAUGACCUUCAAGUAUAAUGAAUCUUUCAUCUGAUACACAUGUGCGCCACGCUUUGGAAAACUCACAAUCAGCACAGGCUAUUCAGGGACGACACUUUUUGAAAGUCGCUGAUAAGCGACAGAUUAAGGGGGAAAUAGACUUUUCGCUCUAUCGGACAACUUUACGCACAUGCAUAAAGUUCGGUGUUCCAUGUAUAUCACUUGAUGUGCAUCAUAUAUGUAGUCUCUUUAAAAUGGACUCGUAUAUCUACGUUAAUCAAGCAAGUCUUGUUGAAAGUUUCAAUAUAGUAUGUAUCCCUAUAGAGCGUAAUCCUCGACAUUUUGGAGAGUUUUAAGGAAUAAAGUAUUUGAGAUAAUAAAUGGACAACGGUUAGGUUAUUAACAAUAUUACAAUCUGGAACAAAAUUCGGUGCAUUUCAUUGUAAACAUGCAGUGCAAUUUCAAUUCUUGUUUUGAAAAUUAGGUGCACAAUUAUCAGUUAUUUGACGCAGCUUUUGUGGGUGAUUUUGGCUAUUGUCAGUGGUGUAAUACAUAAUUAUGGUUUCUAACGCACGCACCUAUGUCGGUGAGCUGUGGAUGUCAUGUAUAAGGCACAUUGUGCAUGGCUACCUAUGCAAUCUUCUUGACGCAGUGCGUCAAAAGCUUAUCAGCAUGCCAUCGCCCAUUGCAGUUUUAAACAGCAUCAUUUGUUAGUAGAAUGUUACUAAAUGAUAUGCGUCAAUGGUGGAAGUGAAUAUUUACAUUUACACUUGUUCAAUAUCUGAAUAUAUUUGUUCAGGGCCAAUGUGUGUAUGUUUUGAGUUGAAUGUUCUUGUUUUCUAGUAAUGAUUUGAAAAUUGAUCACGUUAUGUAAAUACUGACCUAGUGCAAGAAAAAAUGACAGUCAGAAUUGGCUGGCUGCCAAAACCCACGAAUGAAUGAAUUCCCAAAAGUCCGAUUUACCACUUGGCGGUAAUUCAUGCGCAAUCAAAGAAGUUCUUCGCAGAUCUCAAUAACCCGUCUUGUAAAUACAGAACAUCACUAUAUAGCAUGCCAGUGUAAUAAAACGUGUAAAAAAUAUUAUUGAAGCAAAAUUGCUAAGCAUUGGCUACGACAUAGUUUUCAUUAUUGUUUGCAUAUUCAUGCGAGAAUAAGUUCCUCACUUGACGGUCUAGGCCGAAAAGAUACGAGUGUCUACGGAGACAGUAAGAAGAAUUUUUUUCUAAUACAUUUUUGAAGACAUUACAUUUGGUAUUUAAAAACAUAUUUUAAGAUAUUGUUAUUUUAUUUUGCGUUAACGAGACAUUAAAGAAAAAAGAAAAUGAAAAAACAAACAACAACAAAUAUUCAUGAUCAUUCUCGGAAAUAUACAAAGUUACCGGAUAUGAUAUUUCACUUCGCAGAUCGAGCGCGCAAAUCGAGCGCGAAAAGUUCUACGUGAUACAAUGUGCACAGUAUGUACACCGUUCUUUAUCAGGGUAAAGGCCCAGUCUCACUAUGAUGCCGGCGGAGCCCCUUUGCGUGAUACGGGAUCUACCGGGAUGAACCGGGGCUCCAUCGGGGACGAUCGGGAUGAACCGGGGAAAACCGGGGCUCACCGGAAAAGUAUUAAAAUGUUUAAUACCUCCGGGAUGAACCGGGAGUCACCGAGGAGGACCGGCAACGACCGGCGCGGCACCGGGAACAACCGGGACGGCACCGGGAACAACCGAGACGGCACCGUAGCUCCACCGAAGCCCAUACAGACCCCGGCAGAGCUGCGGCAACGCCCCGGUGAAUUCCGUUAGAGUCCCGUAUAGCUACGGUAUAUAACAGGAGCUCUGCCGGUACGCCACCGGCAUUCACCGGGGCUCCGACGGGGCAUUACCAGCUACGACCUGGGUAAAACUGGGGCUUUGCCGAAGCUCUGCCGGGGUCUGAUGCCGGUAUAGACACGGUGAGUGCCGGCGGUGUCACGGUAUACCGGGGCUCUGCCGGAUUUCACCGGGGCUCAACCGGGGCUCAGCCGGGGCACUACCGGCGACAACCGGGGCUAUGCUGGGACGCUGCCGGCUUUCACCGGGGCACAACCGGCGACAACCGGGGCUCUGCCGGGGCUUCACCGGGAUAAACCGUAGCCAGUCCGGGUUGACCGGGACGUUAAAAAAUGUCUAUGAAUCAUCCCGGUCCUCGCCGGUCGACCGGCGUUAGCAAACCGGGAUGGACCGGGGCUCUACCGGCAAAAGUGAGACUUGGGCUUAAGUGGAUUUUCUUUUGUUUACACAUUACAAAGGAAGUAUGAGUGUUUUCCUGAUCUGUUAAUUAUGUAAUAGAAAGCUAUUUUAGGCUAUUGAAAGUGAUUUUAAUGACGCCAACAAUAACAGUUUUUCGCGGCCAUGUUGUUGUUGUUGUUGUAUAUCUUCACCGCCUUUGUAGACGAACCUCUACCGAUCUGUAGAGUUGAACAAAAGGUUAUCGAUCCCACAACCAGUAUCCUGUUGUCCCCCACCGUCUAUGUACAUUGUAGUAUAUACACAACUAUUUUCUUGUCUUCCAGUCUCUGAGCUUCUUCACUCAGCCGCUAGGGUCAAUCCAUAUAAAUUCGGACAAAGGGAGACAUUCGGACAAAAAAUUGUAAAUGCAUUUUAAGCAUUUUUACACUAAACAUAGCCCGAGGCCUUCAGUGCCUACAGCGCUUUGAUUUACCGAAGUAAACGGCAUAAUUAUCAACAAAAUAACUGCGUGAUUGUUAUAACAUAGAUAUAACCCAUACAUGCCUUGCGUCUAGAAAAAAGGCCUUGGCAAACAGUGUAGACCCAGAUGAGACGCCGCAUGAUGCGGCGUCUCAUCAGAGUCUACGCUGUUUGCUUAAAGGAAUUUCUGUAAGAAUUAUUCAAAUAGAAACAAGUAUACUAGACAUCCCUAAUUUUGGAAAUAAAUUAACCCAAUUUAGAAGGAUGGGAGAGUCCACUUGGCAUAAAUGGGUUAAUGUUAAGUGCUGUUUUAUGUCUGACACAUGUCCAAAGUCGUUAACGAUAACUUCUGUCUUAAUUGCACGUCAUCGACGUUAAAAAUGUCGUCAAAGUUGCAACUAAUGACGUCACAGACACGUCAUGUAAUGUCAUGUAACAAAUGGACUGAUCAUUCGACGGUCUUGAUAAGCAUUUCACACAAGUUUGCGACUUUAGUCAAAGGCGUUUGCGAGCGGCUCCGGUUUAACGUUCCAUAGUGACGACAUUGGCUCCCAUUCCAUUUAAUGGUGCCUCUCGUUGUUGGACGCAAAAGAUUUGACCAACAAUAAUGAAACUUGUUUUAAUCAAUGUGCAAAAAGCAUUUCUGAUGUGUCGCCGAUCCUCCCAGUUACGUCUUACACGUUAUAACGAAGUCAAUAUGACAAGUUAUGUCGUCACAGGUACGCCAUAUGGUUUCAUAUAAUGAUGGCACCAACGCAAUUCGACGCGUCUCAGUGAGCUCUACUAACGUGCCGCGACGCCAGCCUUCCAAGUGAUGUCAUCGACGUUAAAACUGACAUCGAAUGUGCAACGAAUUAUUCGACGGGUCGUUAUAGGCUAUACACACUUGCAAAUUUCACGCGUUAUUCAAAGGCGUUUGCAAUUUGCUUCGGUUUAACGCUUACUUGUUUACGUCCAUAGUGACGUUAGCGGCUCCUUUUGAUGGUAGCGGUUCUUUUGUUCCUGGAGGAAAACUAAUUGACCGACAUUUAUGAAAUUCAUAUAUUAAGUAUAUAUAUAGCAUUAAAAUUGUUGUACCUUUCAUUAAAAUGCAGCAUUUAUUCGUAACGGGAUGGUGUUGAGCUUUUUCGAUCGCCUUUUGUCUUUCGUGCGUCGUGCGUUGGCAACAUUUGCCGUUUAAACACUCUUUAGACAACAUGUAGAGCCCAAUCUUUAUGAAACGUGCUUAGAUUAUUUGUCCCAAUGAUAUAUCAGAUUUGUUCGUAUCUGGUCAUGUAAGGUUAAAAACAAUGUCAAAUUACAGACAAAGCGAACACUCUGGGAGACGCGUUUGUUUGUGAAAUCUGCAUUAAACUUGAUCUAAACAUGUUUUACGUUCCUUAGGGUCCUAUGUGAGUUCUGGUCCUCUUGUCAGAUACUUGCUCGAAACAUGUUUUAGAAUUACAUCUUGGCUGAGUUCGAACAUGGUUUUGUUUCAUUGAAACACAUGGCCAUUAAGUGAAGGUUAGUUUUCCUCACAUGUUUUCAGUGACAACUUUUACAAACAUGUUUUACCCUAUCCGCAUGAAACUGCAUCAGUACAUUAAUUUAAUUUUUAAUACACUCAGUCGUAUUUAAAAAUUAUUGUGGUAUUGUGAAAAAGGUCAGAAUCAACCAUUAUUAUUCAAACAUCAAACAAACUUCUUAAAACAGUUCAUUUCCGAUGGUUCUCAAGUAAGCGACCAAUGGCGUUUGGCCCAUUUCCCUACCAUAUACCACGGAGCGUAUAUUGAGUCCGUGCAUAUACUAUCAAAAUAUUUAAUACAUAUGCAUACGUGAAUUCAUGUCUGAAUUGGGUCGCCCUAAAAAUUUAUCAACUUUUAAUGACACAAUAUCUAUUUAAAAUUAACGUUUUCAAACUAUUAUUAAAUCUUUUCCCCAGAAUAUGCUUUCCUAUUUAUAGCUGAGCUUCCUUUACCUUUAUCAAUUAUAAUCAGCGAGGUAUGCCGAUUAGAAUAAAACCAUAUUCUCUUUAAAAAAAACUGCAUCAACAUGCUUUUUGAGUUUGUGUUCCGAUAAUAUAUAGAGGCCAUUUUACAGAAAAUUGACAUAAAUGUGAAUAUACAAUUAAUUAAUUUUUGUAUCGACAACAACUGAUUUAGCGUUAAAUUUCCCGGUCUUUUACAUUGGUCGCCAUUGUGAAUAAUUUGUUAAUGAAUGAUAACAUAGACGAGCUGCUGAAGUCAAUAAUAUCAUGUCCAUAGAGCAACUAAUAAACUGUUCACCGUAUCGCUGUUAAGUCUUAUGUUGUAUUCAAAUUGGUGGCAUGUAGCCUCUCUUAUGGUGACACUCCAACUGAAUGAAUCGAUGAAGUUAAAGUUAGUGUAAUCAAGCUCACCAGUCAAAAUGAACAGACUUCUGAAUUCUCGUUUGUUUUUGCUUAAUGUUAAGAAUUGUGGCAUUGCAAAUCAAAGUCUUGCAUCUUUUCGUGUAGCAAAAUACUUGCAUUUGGAAAAUAAACUUCGCGUUUAUGCUGUCAGUAGUUCGGCAACGAAGACAUUAAAGCAUUCUUCAGGUGCCAAACACACCUCCACCCACACACUCUUACCGCACAGACAAUACAGCUCGAACGAAUGGGAAGAUGAUCCAAGGAAAAAGCAAGGUGACAACAACAAGCCGAGAUCCGAUGACGAGGAUACGGCAGUACCACGUGUUUCUUUCAUAUACAGCUACAAGUUCUUAUUUCUCUUCGUGACAAAACACAGGGAAUUAAUUAAAAUCUGUCUUGAUUCCCCGUCAUUCUUCAGUGGAUUAAAAAGGGCAUUCUUUUUUGUCACGGAUUGUCUUUCGAAAAAGGACAUCGAUGAUUUGCAAGAUGUUGUUGCCGAUGAACUUUUAGCGAAGAUUAAAGCUGAACCAGCAUCAAUCUAUUCGAAGUCGUGUGGCUCCACUUAUGCUGUGAAAUGUUCAGACCUUAUGUUUGUAACAUUGACUGGAUUACGGCCUUUGGAAAAUCCCAAAAAUGGAAAUAGAAUUCUUGCAGUUGAGACUCGUUUUACUUUUGUGAAGGACCUUGCAUCAAAAAGACUAAAUUUUAGUGAUAUGGUAAAAAAUUAUGCACUUCUUAGAUUUGCCAAUUUAGUGUUUGUAAGAGAAGUUGAUGGCAACGGGAAGCCUGGACGAUGGCUUAUAGACUCUCUGUAUUUCUAUACAACAGAUGAUUGGCCUGGCAAAUAAUAUGUAUUACAGUGGUGUGUAGUUGUUGUGAUAAAUACAAAGAUUUAUUACAGUAGCUGGAUUGGAGAUGCAAUUUUAAAGUUGGUUUAACAUUGGGAGUUCACAAGAAUGCUAUUUCACUUGGGCUUCUGUGUCAAUUUUUUUUUUAAUCUCACAGAGCAAGUUAUUUAAUUAAAUGAUUAUAUGUUAUGUACUUGUUAAUGCUAGGAAUGAAUAGAUGUACAACAAUAGCUUAAAACUUGAUUGUUAUUAAAUAAAAAAUCCAUAAAAACAGUUUCCAUCCGUUAUUAUGCCCCCCUUCAAAGAAGAGGGGGUAUAUUGUUUUGCACAUGUCGGUCUGUCUGUUGGUCCGUCCGUCCACCUGAUGGUUUCCGGAAGAUAACUCAAGAACGCUUAGGCCUAGUAUCAUGAAACUUCAUAGGUACAUUGAUCAUGACUGGCAGAUGACCCCUAUUGAUUUUCAGGUCACUAGGUCAAAGGUCAAGGUCACAGUGACUCGAAAUAGUCAAAUGGUUUCCGGAUGAUAACUCGAGAAUGCUUAGGCCUAGGAUCAUGAAACUUCAUAGGUAUAUUGAUCAUGACUGGCAGAUGACCCCUAUAGAUUUUCAGGUCAAAGGUCAAGGUCACAGUUACUUGAAAUAGUAAAAUUGUUUCCGGAUGAAAACUCAAGAAUGCUAUAGCCUAGGAUCAUUAAACUUCAUAGGAACAUUGAUCAUGACUGGCAGAUGACUCCUAUUGAUUUUCAGGUCACUAGGUAAAAGGUCAAUGUCACAGUGAAUCGAAAUAGUAAAAUGGUUUCCGGAUGAUAACUCAAGAAUGCUUACGCCUAGGAUCAUGAAACUUCAUUGGCACAUUGAUCAUGACUGGCAGAUGACCCCUAUAAAUUUUCAGGUCACUAGGUCAAAGGUCAAGGUCACAGUGACUCAAAACAGCAAAAUGGUUUCCUUAUGAUAACUCAGGAAUAAUAAGGCCUAGGAUCAUGAUACUCAUAGGUACAUUGAUCAUGACUGGCAGAUGACCCCUAUUGAUUUUCAGAUCCCUAGGUCAAAGAACAAGGUCACAGUGACAAAAAACGUAUUCACACAAUGGCUGCCACUACAACUGACAGCCCAUAUGGGGGCAUGCAUGUUUUACAAACAGCCCUUGUUAUAGCUAUUGUGUUGGUAUUUAUUGAUGGAUGUUAUCUAGUGUAUUUGCAUGUACAUCUUGCCACUUUUUGGGCAGAUUUCAUUCAAACUUGGUAUAAGUGUGUAAUGUGGAUUAGAGGAUGAUGCACAUCAAAUUCUGUCGCAAUCCAUUUGCAAAAACGAAGUUAUGGCCCUUUUUGACUUGAAAAACAUGGGGCGGGGCAUUUUUACAUAUAUGGCCAUAUAAGGCUAUAGUAAAAUCUUGUUAGCACUUUAGAGGCCACAUUUAUAGUCCGAUCUUCAUGAAACUUGGUCAGAAGAUUCAUACCAAUGAUAUCUUGGACGAGUUAAAAAAUGAUGCCGGUUGGUUGAAAAACAUGGCCACCACAGGGGCGGGGCUAUUUUCCUUAUAUGGCUAUAGUAAAACCUUGUUAACACUCUAGAGGUCACAUUUAAUUUCUGAUCAUCAUGAAACUUGGUCAGAAGAUUUGUCCCAAUGUUAUCUUGGAUGAGUUUGAAAAUGGUUUUGGUUGCUUUAAAAACAUGGCCACCAGGGGCGGGGCAUUUUUCCUUAUAUGGCUUUAUAUGGCUAUAGUAAAACCUUGUAAACACUCUAGAGGCCACAUUUAUUGUCCAAUCUUCAUGAAAUUUGGUCAGAAGAUUGGUCUUAAUGAUAUCUUGGAUGAGUUUGAAAAUAAUUAUGUUUGCUUGAAAAAAAAGGCUUCCAGGGGGGGGGGGGGCAUUUUUCCUUAUAUGGCUAUAGUAAAAUCUUGUUAACACUCUAGAGGCCACAUUUACUAUCGAAUCUUCAUGAAACUUGGUCAGAAGAUCCAUCCCGAUAAUAUCUUGGACGAGUUUAAAAAUGAUGCCGGUUGGUUGAAAACAUGGCUGCCAGGGGGCGGGGCAUUUUCCUUAUAUGGUUAUAGUAAAACCUUGUUAACACUCUAGAGGCCACAUUUAUUUUCCGAUCUUUGUGAAACUUGGUCAGAAGAUUUGUCCCAAUAAUAUCUUGUUAUCUCAGGUGAGCGACUUUGGGCCUUUCAGGCCCUCUUGUUUUUUAUGCAAGAACCAAUAAACGCUGAUAGAGUCUGAACUCAAAUAGAAGUUAUGUGCAUAAACAUACAUAUGUGUUAAUGUUGUAUAUACAUCGUAAGAUUAACGCUAUUUAAUUAAAGAAUACCAUAAAUUAAAUUGAAGUUUAUAGCAACGUGAUAUUACCUCAUACGCAAGUCGUUUCAUUUUGGGAUACUUGCAGCUGUAACGAAUAUAUUUGAUACAGGCUCCUUAACCUUCUAAUGAGUACACGUUUUGUUACCACGAACCCGACCUACUAUUUAUUUGUUCUGGUAUUUAAGAUCUAUCUUUUAUUAUGUUUCACAUUCUCUAAAUAAAAAAUUGAAUUUGCGA